GAGGACGACCGCCGCUGUGUCGCGUUACGUACUGUACAUCGGCGCUCGGUGCGCGCUGCGUUUUUUUUCUUUUUUUAUCUUCUUCCUCGUCGGUGUGCGGUUGUUGUUCGCCCCCGUCGGCCCGGCCUGGGUUUCCCCGCGGCACCGGCGAAAAAAGCCCGCCAAACACGGUAUCACGACAUCACUGGACCCCUCCAAACCCCCCUCCACCUCGCCCAACACCCCGAGGACGUCGAGCGAUCGACCGGGGUGUCCGUCAUGGAAGUCAAGAAACGGUACAUAUGGUCCGACCGGGAGACCGAACACUUCAUCCGGCUCAUCAUCGACAUGGGCAUGACCAACAUGUUGGACAGCAAGAGGAAAAGAAAUUCAGAUCUUUAUUCCAGCUUAGUAGAACCAAUGGCAGCUGCGGGUUUCAAUAGAGAUGCGACGCAACUGAGGACCAAAUGGAAACACUUGAAACAAGAUUACAAAUUAGAGUUGGUGAGAAUUGAUAAAAAUGGUGCUGCGAGUUCAAGGAUGUCGUAUUUUCAUUUGCUUCACGAAGUAUUGAGCUGCAAACCGAGCAAUGCUAUGACGUACCUUUGUGAAGUUGUUUCGAAUUCUCCUCCGCGGCACGACGUCGUAGAAGGUAUUAAGACUGAAUACAUAGAUGAUAUGAAAAUGGAUACAGACUUCUUCAGAGUGACCGAACCGCAAGUCGACAUCAUUCAGUCGUGCGACGUACAGACGCAGACGGAAGGCACACCAGAACAGCACGUAUUGCAAAAGUUGCACGCGUUGGAAAACAGCAUCACCGCCCUAAGAGAAGAUUGGCAAAGAGAUCGGGAAAUGCAAAACGUGCUGAUGGAAAAACACACAAGACGGAUGUUGGAACACCAGAAAACGUUAAUGGACAAUUUCUUUGCAAAAACCAAAUCGCAUUUAUUAAAAACCAAAAAUAAAGACUGAAGCUCGCGUUUUGAUGCGUCGUAGAACUCUACUCUGCAUCAAUGUUUCUCAAAGAACAUAAUAUUAUUAUUAUUAUUAUUUGAUCAUACUUACAUUAUUAUAAUCGAUACACACCUAUAUUUAUAA